AAAAAAAAAAUAAAGAAUGUCGUCUCCGAACUCUGAACAAAAACCCCAUGCCAAAGUCAUAUACACACACUUCUACAUACCCAAAACACACACACACACCUAAAUAAAUCUGUAUACAUUAUAUAUAUAACCUUCCUAUAAGCCAUUUGCUUAGACAAUUUAAAACCUCUCAGAUCAUUUAUCCCUCAUCAUUCACAUUUAUCCCUCUUGAUUCACAUUUCCUCUGUUUUUUUAUUUGCUCUGUUCCAAUGGAGAUCAAUUGGACAAGAGGACCAAUCAUCGGUCGAGGCUCCACCACAGCCACCGUCUCAACAGCAAUUUCAAGCUCCGGUGAGAUCUUCGCCGUCAAAUCCGCUAACGCAUCUUCCUCAGCGUUCCUGCAGAAAGAGCAAUCCAUCUUGUCUACAUUGAGCUCUCCUCACAUAGUCAAGUACAUAGGCUCUGGUUUAACGCGCGAGAACGGCGGAUUGGUUUACAAUAUUCUGAUGGAGUACGUUUCCGGCGGGAGUCUUUACGAUUUGAUCAAAAAUUCCGGCGGGAAGUUGCCGGAACCGGCGAUCAGGUCAUACACAAGUCAGAUUCUCAAGGGUCUUAUGUAUCUUCACGAGAGAGGGAUUGUUCACUGCGACUUGAAAAGCCGGAAUGUGCUUGUUGAAGAAACCGGCGCCGUUUUGAAAAUCGCCGACAUGGGCUGUGCUAAAUCUGUUGGUGAGUCGGAGUUUUCAGGUACACCGGCGUUUAUGGCGCCGGAGGUUGCUCGUGGUGAGGAACAGAGGUUUCCAGCUGAUGUGUGGACUUUGGGGUGUACGGUGAUCGAGAUGAUGACUGGAUCAAACCCUUGGCCGGAGCUAAACGACGUCGUUGCUGCAAUGUAUACGAUUGGGUUCUCCGGUGAGUCGCCUGAGAUUCCAGGGUGGGUAUCGGAGAAAGGUAAGGACUUUCUGAUUAACUGUUUUAAGAAAGAUCCGAAACAGAGGUUGACGGUGGAAGAAUUGCUUAAACAUCCUUUUCUCAACGACGACGACGAAGAAGAAUCUCAAUCUAGCGAUUGUCUGAACAAGAUUUCUUCUCCGAGCACUGUACUGGAUCAGCGAUUCUGGGAUUCACGCGAAGUCUCGAAAAGUCAAUCAAUUUCGAUGGAUCAAGAAGAGAUUUUGGCUGGUUACACGGAUUGUCGGGAUUCACCGGCAGGUCGAAUCGAGAAACUCGCCGGAAAGGAAUUCUCAAGCGUUCCCGAUUGGAAUAUGGUAGACGACGGAGAGUGGAUUCAAGUGAGAGGCGACGAACUUGGAGAAACCGAGAAACGCGUCGGUGACGGCUACGAAAAUGCGAUUUGGGAUGAAGAAACGACGUCGUCGCAAGCGAAUGAAGGAGCUGAAGAUUGGAUAUCGGAUCAAGACGGAUUGUUCUCGGAAUAUUCCUCUGACGACAUCAUUAAUGAUUUCUACUAUAAUGUUGCUACUAAUGGAAAUUUAGUUGCAUUUUAUUAUUAUAGUGUUGAAGAUGGAAAUGUAUCCACGAAGAAAAUGUUUCGUAAUGAUAAUGUGACUAAAGAAAAACAUUUUCUGUCAAAUUGCGAGCUCAUUCUUUUAUUCAUUGACCAAGUUCCUAACAAUCAAUUUGUUGUGAUCAAUAUGGUUGCUCAAUAA